AUGUUGCCUGCUGAAAAUAUUCCUACGGUGCAGAAUGCAGCUGUGGUUCAGGGAGACCGUGAUCCUGGACCACGUCAGAUUCCGCUUGAUCGCGGAACAGUGGUGAACGACCCCUCUGGGACGAGGGAAGAAACCGGAUUUGUCCCACCGCCGACGAACGUUACCGGAAAUGGGCGCGAUGACGUGGCGCUAGGGGGCUACACCUACGCGGGCAACUGCUUGGUUGUCAAAGAUUGGCGAGUACUUGCAGAGGACAGUGGAAGUGACGGCAUGGACGUCACAUGGAGCAGCUUCUGGGAAUCAGGUGGGACAGUGGCCCAUGCAGGAGGCUUCAACUGCUUUUGGGAUGCCUACGGCUUCUACAACACCCCGGGCACCUAUGUGGCAAAGCAGCUGGAAGCUGUCAUGGGUGAUCUCAAUGAACGACUGCGUGUGGAAAGGCGCCGGGCUGAAGGGAUCUUCAACCCCCUCCGGGAUUACCUGAGCGUGAUGGUUAUAGUGGCCCCGGAGUUUACACAGGAGUUACCACAGGCCAUACCCCACUGGUCCCAGAUGUGA